AUGGACAUGUGUCUCGACAAGAUCGUGCCCGAAUCCUUGCCUUGGGACCACGUCGAUGAGGGACCGGACGAUUCCGUCUCGCAUUCGAAAUCUUCCCUCAUAGGUGCCAGCGUACAGAUCCCGAUCAUGAAUGGGAGACUGGCGUUAGGGACGUGGCAGGUCAGUUAUGAGAGUGUUUCUGAAAUUUCUGAAAAGGGUAGUGGGCCGGCGAAGAGCUGAUCGGGAAACUUCGUGUACGCUUUCAGGGCAUCUACUUACUCGAGUUUAGGAAGUUGCCUCAUUCGAGGAGGAUCGUCGCGACCAUUCUUUGA